ACCAGCAACUACUCAACUCCUUGGGAACCAAAGAAACAGACGUUACCAAAGAACCAGUGAAAACUUCAAACCAGAGACCUCCUUUAAUGAAAUACCUAUCAGUUGAAUAAGACAACCUUUGCUUCAGUCUCAACCUCUCUAAGCGUUGCAAUUAUUAAAAUAUUCUCCUCCUUUUUUAUAACUUUGGACGUCUUAAAAUGAUAUACAUAUACUCCGGUCAUUUUUGGUAAUGCUUAUUCUUUUUAUUUGAUUUGGAAAUUUUACAUUUUAUAAUAAAGUAAAAACUAACAUAUAUUUUACCAACAGCCAAAAGCUACACUAGGCCUCAGGACCGGAGCUAGGAUUUUAACCGUCCUCAAUGGAACUUCGUAUCGGUAGAAAGUACCGGCUCGGACGUAAAAUCGGAAGCGGCUCGUUUGGAGAGAUAUACAUCGGAACCGACACACAGACCAACGAAGAGGUCGCUAUAAAGCUAGAAAGCGUGAAAACUCCACAUCCACAGUUGUCACACGAGUUCAGGAUAUACAGCAUUCUACACCUACAAGGUGGUGGGAUGAUUCCAAACAUGAGAUGGUACGGUGUCGAAAUGGACCAGUACAACGUUCUCGUGAUGGAUUUGCUCGGUCCGAGCCUCGAAGAACUAUUUAGUCACUGCGACAAGAGGUUCACUUUAAAAACAGUUCUCAUGGUAGCUGAUCAAAUGAUAAACCGUCUCGAGUUCGUACACUCCAAGUCGUAUCUUCACCGCGAUUUAAAGCCAGGGAACUUUUUAAUGGGUUUGCCGAGGCGUGCGGAUCAGGUCUACAUCAUAGACUUUGGCUUGGCUAAGAAGUAUAGAGACGGCUUAACGCAUAGACAUAUACCUUAUAGGGAGAAUAAAAGUUUUAUUGGGACUCCGAGUUAUGUCAGCGUGAACACUCACUUAGGGAUCGAGCAAAGUAGGAGAGAUGAUAUGGAGUCGCUUGGUUAUGUACUUAUGUACUUCUUGAAGGGAAGUCUCCCGUGGCAGGGACUCAAACGCGAAAAGAUUUUGGUAAAGAAGGGUUUUACUUCUGUCGAGGAGUUGUGCAGAGGUUAUCCGACAGAGUUUGCAUCUUACUUUCGUCACUGCCGCUCGCUUAGGUUUGAUGAUAAGCCGGAUUAUGCAUACUUGAAGAGACUAUUCCGUGACCUUUUUAUUCGUCAGGGUUUUCAGUUUGAUUAUGUGUUUGACUGGACGGGAUCAUCAUCAUCAUCGAGACGACUUGUGGGAUCAAGUAGUCGUGAACCAUUCAGUGGUAGUGUGAUCAAUAGUAUUGAUGUUUUGCGGAUAGAUGAAGGCGGAACCUAAAGGAAAAGUCUUCUCAGACUGAUUCAUACACGAAGCUUUAAGACAAACGGGUAAUUAACUUGUCUCAAUCUUCUUGAGAGUUUUCGAAGGUUGGAGGUUAACGUUGUCUAUGGUUCUAUACGAAAAGGGAUAUAUAUUACAGAUCAAUUAAGAGAAAAACGAUCAUAACAUUAUGUUAUAAACAUCUAAGCAAUGAUGUGGUGGUCAUGGAUUAUUAUCUUCUGUGGUGGUUAUUCGCAUAGGGGUCAACUUCUUCUCUGGCUAUCUCCGCCAUCAGAGUUCUCAGUGCUCCGACCACAACUAGCUCCUCUUGUGGUAAUGGUCGUAAAGUAAGAGCGAUAAAGACUUAGUCAUCUUCAUGGCUCUAUAGUUGAUUACCUUUACCACAUGAAAUAUUUAUCCCAAAUGGUAGUGCCUAGUACGCAUUAUACUUCUGUUUUCUUAUUUAUCAAUGUCAAAAUCAUUCAGGUGUUUCGAUGCACCAACUUUAGCAUCAAGACAUGAUUGAUGAAGUUAAGAUAUAGGUUUCUAUCUUAGAUCUAAUGGAGCUUAUCAAGAUAUUUUUGAAGAUUUACCAACAGGCAAUGUCGUUUUGUAUUUUUUCAGUAUUUAAUUCAUUAGUGCUGAUAGGCCCAAGUUUUAAUGUCAUAAGAGAGUGAGAUGUAUAGAAAAUGGUAACGUCUCGCUUGCAUGAUUUUAUUUGUUUUUCUGUCACUCUCGUCUACGAUAACUUCUUCACAAAUCACGAUAGUAAAUCAUACGAAAGGUAUUUUUAUAUAAAUUAUCAUGUUUCGUUUACUAGAUCACAUUUGUAUGUACAAAAUUCUUACACAUGAUGAUAAUAUAUUUAAUUUUGUCUUCUGAGCUAUUUAAAUUCGUAAUUUACUUUUAUUUUCAUUAGAUGAUCGGUCUCUACCCUACCCCUAGAUGAUUCUUGCAACGACUCCAUAACUGUUUGUGGAAAGUCUUGUUCAAAAGUUUUAUGUUUAAACAAAUAAGUUUUUUUUUUUUGUUAAGAUGAUGAAUGGUCGAUGAUUAAUUGAUAAUGCUGAUGAUUAAAAAAGUAUAUGCCUUGCUUGGGGUGAGUAGUGAAGCUAUAGCUAGUUGGCAAGUAAUGGGUACUUCUUUUGGCGGCCAAGCAAUUCUCUAAACAAUUCGUCUUCUCUCACACACACAAUACUCAACGCCAAGACUUAAAUAUGUGAUUAUAAAAUUGUGAUACUACCUCUACAAUACACUCAAAAAUAUUCUUAUUAGUAAUCUAUUAUAUAUUAGUAACACGUUAUCAAUGAAUAAUAGAGCUGUGGACAACUAAUUGUGUGGAGUUGGAUGAGUAAAAGUUGGAUAUCAAUCCAUCUCUAAUGAACUCAUCAUUUUUAUUUUUAUUUUGAAAUGUUUAGAUAAUUUUUUUUUUCUAGUAUCACCAAUGAACCGUUAAGAAUAUCGGCAUAAAUCACUCCUCCCCGUUAAAGUUAAACUAAUAGCCUUUUGAUGUCCAAAAAGAACUUAUAAUUUCGAAGACUAAUUUCUUAACAAUUUGGUAAAAGUUUCAUGAAUCACGAAACUUUUCUUUUCCAAAUUUAUAGAUUGUUGCCACCAAGUUAUUGAUAUACUACAAGAUCCUAUAGGACAAUAUAACUAACUGAAAUUAAAAACUAAGAUAAAGAGGUUACUUCAUCACAUUUUAUAAUGAUUGGAUCAAUUAAUUGAGUGACAAAAAAAAUUAUUACCUUAGAAAGAGGCGCAAACAUAGGAAGAGUGAUAUUAUGGGUUUGAUUGGUUGAACUUUAGUUUUGGCUUACAAAUAUUUUGCUGUAGAAUUUUUUCUAAAAACAAAAAAAAAAUCUCUAAAAAAACUUAUAAACCAACAUAUUUCCUUUUAUAUUAUUUUGGUUAUAGAUUCAAUUUUAAGAAUUAAAACAUUGUUUUAAAAAAAACUGUAAAAUGAAAAUGGGCGUCAGUUUCUACAACUUCCACCAAUCAAAACGCCUAUAUAACUCGAUUUAACAUAUAUCAUUAUAAUUUAAUAACUAUGAUCAUGAUUCAUAAUUGCGUGUAUAAUUGUGGGUUGGCUCAACUGCACAUGAACUGCUCAGCCCCUAAAAAACUAUUACCUUUUACUUUCUAAUUAAUUAACUUAAUCAAUUAAUGAGUUAGUUAAGUUCAGUGUACAUAUAUUCACAAUGAUUAGCAUAAUUAUGAUAGUAUGUAUUGUAUGUGGAAUUGUGUUUCAAUGUUUAAGGCAUAUAUGCAUUUUAGUGGGAUAUGUCACAUUUGGAUUCAAAGCUUUGAUGUAAUUACUCUACAAAUCACGUAGAGUUUGCAUUAAAGUCAACAAGGAGCGAGACAAGUAUAAACACUUUGAAUAUCUUUGAUAAGAAAGUAAUGGUUGUGGAAGCUGACGACAUUGUGGUCUUUGAGGGUACACAUGAUCAAUGGCGCGUGGCUGUGAGGAGAAUGUUUUACUCUGGUGAAGUGCUUGAAAUUGCUUAUGAUGAGAGACGAUCCUUACAUUUAUGUCUCUUUACAACCUUGGAUAUACAAUUUAAGUGAUUUGAUUAGAAUUUGUUCAACCGAAGACACGCGAUUUCUCAUUGAGAACCAAAGAUGUUCUCUAGAGAUGUAUAAGUAAACCAUGUUUGUGUUACUACUUCAAGUAGAUAUAAUUUAUUGAAAAAAACUUAGAUGUAAUUUAUUUUGGUAUGUUGAUGGAAUUGCGUUGUUGUACUAUUGAUAUAUGUUGUGUGUUGAGUGUUGUAUUUGUGGAUAAACCAUUAAGAAUGGAGUGUAAAUGAUACAAACAUAAAUAUUUAUACAAGCAUACUUAGAAUGCAUAACAAUGAAGCAACAAAAUGUAUUGAUAUAUGUAGAAAAACAAUACAAUUUAUUAUUUCUUUCCUAAUUCUUUUUUUUAGGGAACACUUUUAACACUUUUUGGAAUUUGUCCACUCAAAUUAUAGAAUGACACUAAACAAGAAAAAAAGUAUAAUAAGUAAACCAUGCUUGUGUCACUAUUUCAAUUAGAUUUAAUUUAUCCAUCAAAAAAAUUCUGCAUCCAAAUGUUUGUUAUUAGCUAGUAGUACCCAAAAUAUUAUAAUUAUAAGGAUGAA